AUGACGACGGUACAAAAGAUUAAGGAGAUCGAAGAUGAGAUGAACAAGACGCAAAAGAACAAGGCUACGUCGUACCACUUGGGACAGCUGCGUGCCAAGCUCGCCAAGUUGAAGCGAGAGCUCAUCACCCCCUCGGGUGGCGGAGGCGGUGGACCAGGUAUCGGAUUCGAUGUUGCUAAGACGGGUGUUGCCUCGGUAGGAUUCGUAGGAUUCCCAUCGGUUGGAAAGUCGACGUUGAUGUCCGGGCUUACAGGGACAACGUCGGAAGCUGCAGCGUACGAGUUCACCACGUUGACGUCGGUUCCAGGAACGAUGAAGGUGCACGGUGCGCCGAUUCAGAUCAUCGACUUGCCAGGUAUCAUCGAGGGUGCAAAGGACGGCAAGGGUCGUGGUAGACAGGUCAUCGCGGUCGCGCGAACUUGCAACUUGAUCUUCAUCGUUCUCGACGUGGGCAAACCGCUCAAGGACAAGGCGAUCAUCGAGAACGAACUGGAAGGAUUCGGUAUCCGUCUCAACAAGAAGCCACCCAACAUUGUUGUGCGCAAGAAGGAGAAGGGUGGUAUCGCCAUCACCAACACUGUUCCGCUCACCAAGCUCGACCACGACGAAGUGAAAGCGGUACUGAGCGAAUACCGCAUCAGCAACGCCGAUGUCUCGUUCCGUCAGGAUGCCAACAUCGAAGAGCUUAUCGAUGUGAUCGAAGGCAACCGAAUCUACGUGCCCGCCAUCUAUGUGCUCAACAAGAUCGACUCGAUCAGUAUCGAAGAACUCGACCUGCUCUACAAGAUUCCCAACUCGGUCCCGAUCUCGUCUCAGCACUGGUGGAACGUCGACGACGAGCUGGUGGAAAAGAUGUGGCAGGAGCUGUCACUGGUUCGAGUGUACACCAAGCCAAGAAAAGCCGCGCCGGACUACUCGUCACCCGUCGUGCUCAAGACCGGCAGGAGCACGGUCGAGGACUUUUGCAACGCUAUCCACAAGGAGAUUAUCAAACAGUUCAAGUUCGCCAUGGUGUGGGGUAAGAGUGCCAAACACCCCAGAGGUCAGAGGGUGGGGGCGGAUCAUGUGCUGGAGGACGAAGACUGCGUUACUAUCUUCAAGCGCUGA